UCGUUUGAUUCUCAUCCACAAACACAUAACAAUGCCCUAAAACAACACUCAAAUCCCUUCAAUCCUGUCUCAAACUUUGAUCUAUGUCCAACAAACAGUCAACGCCCUUCAAACUUCAAUAGCCAAUAUAGCCCUUCUCUGUGCCACCCUUUCCCAUGGAAGAAUCCCCGCCAAAACCCACAAAUAUUAUGCACUCCGACAACCACCAAACCAGCCACCGCCCUCCGCCCUACCGCCGCCACGUCCCCAGAUACCAUACCAAAGCCGGCGGCGGCGGUGGCGGCCAUUGUUGUUUAAAAUGCAUCUGUAUCUGUUACAUUUUCCUCUGUUUCUUCAUCGUUGUUCUACUUAGCCUCGCCUAUUUCAUCGUCACGUUUUACAGACCCAAAAUCCCUUCUUACAAAGUCUCCGAUUUCAACGUCCACGUCUUCAAUGUCAAGCCGGAUUUCAGCCUUUACACAGAAUUCAUCGUGAUCGUUGAAUCCAACAACCCAAAUGAAAACAUUGACUUCAUCUACGGCAGAGGAAGCUCUGUUUCUGUUCUUUACAAUGAUUCAAUGCUCUGCGCCGGAAAGAUUCCUAAUUUCCGGCAACCGCCGAUGAAUGUGACGGAUAUGAGCAUUUUGCUAAGUGGGGUUAGCGAAUUUGGGUCGGGGAUGCAAGAGGCGCUGAUGCAGAACAGACACAGUGGGAAGAUUCCUCUGCUCGUGGCGGUGAAAGUUCCGGUGACGGUGGUGAUCGGAGGGUUGGCGCUGAGGAAGAUCAAUGUUCUUGUGAAUUGUUCGUUGGUGGUUGAUGAUUUGUCCCCAAAUAAGAAAGUUGGGAUUUUGUCGAGUAAUUAUACUUACGGUGCUACCUUGUGAAUUGUAAAGA